AUGCCAAAGUGUUAUUCUUGCAAUAAGGUCUUUAAGAGUUGGCAAGAUUUAGGUAAUCAUAUAAAAAAAUAUCUUGAGAACAAUGAAGAUGAAUUAUCUUUACCAAACCAACAAAUUUGCAAAAAUUCGCCAAAACUAGUCGAAAUAAUAUCUGGAAUUCUUAAUAAUCAAAAUAUACUUAAAAAGCAAAACAUGCCUAAAAAAACAGAAAUAAAUAAUAAGAGAAUAAAUCUUGAACAAAAUUUGAAUAAUAGUCAAGAGGAUAUAGAUGAAUCUAUUAAAGAGCAAAUCUAUAGUAUUCCAUUUUUUAGCUGCACAAGAGAUAUUCAAAACUGUGAUGAAUUUAUUGAGAAACAAGACAUUGAAUUUUUUGAUUAUGCAAGUGAUUCUCAAAGCAGUAACUCGUCUGUCGGGGACAAUGCAGUAUCUGAUUUAUCUGAUAUAACAGAUGUUGACACUAAUAAAUAUGCUAAGGAUAACGAUUUAUUUGCUAGAAAGCCAAAGGAUCUCAAAGAUGUAUAUAAAGAAUUUUUGUCAAAGAAAUACGCUGAAUUCAUGCAUAUAGUAAUACAGUUUCACAUACAGAACUCACUUGCAAAUGUGUUUAUAAGAUUUUUUAAUAAAUAUUCAUCUUGUAAUGAUCAGCUAUUGCCAUCUAUAUCAUGA